AUGGCCUCAGAAGCCACUACCGGCGCCGCGACGCCAGUCCAGCAACCUGCAAUUCCUUUCGCCAACGAUGUUGAGAAGCAUGGCUUUGCGGACGAGAAAGGCAGCGACCGUGCCUCCGACAGCGGCUCAGGCUCUCAGGCGGUCAAGCCCGCCGCGCCAACACGCCCCGUCAAGGGUCCGCUUUGGGUACUCGUUGUCAUCUCCAUCCUAUCAUCCACCUUCCUCUUCUCGCUCGACAACACCAUUGUGGCCGUCAUCCAGCCUGCCAUUGUGCAGCGCUUCAACGCUUUUGAGAAACUUCCCUGGAUUGCUGUGGGCUUCGUGCUCGGCGGCUGCAGCAUGAAUCUCGUCUACGGCAAGCUGUACAGUCUCUUUGACGGCAAGAUCUUGUACAUUGUCUGCGUCAGCUUGUUCGAGAUUGGGUCUGCCAUGUGUGGUGCCGCACCGUCGAUGGAUAUACUCAUUGUUGGGCGCACCAUCUGUGGCGUGGGCGGCGCGGGCAUGUACAUGGGUGUCAUGUCGCUGCUGUCCGCUUUUACCACCGAGCAGGAGCGGCCCACCUACAUUGGUUUGACCGGUCUUACUUGGGGUGCCGGGACGGCGCUUGGGCCCAUUGUCGGCGGCAUCUUCACUGAUUCAUCUGCCGGCUGGCGCUGGGCUUUCUAUCUCAACCUGGUUGUUGGCGGGGCCUGCGCGCCAGUAUACCUCUUUUUGCUACCGUCAAGCAAGCCUCGUCCAAAUGAGUCAUCCAAGUCGCUCUGGCAACAUCUCGAUUGGGCUGGUGCCACUUUGUCAGUUGGUGCCAUCCUCACCCUCGUCAUGGGUAUCGCAUUCGGCGGCGAGAUCUACCCGUGGGACAGCGCACAGGUCAUCGCUCUCUUCGUCGUCUCUGGCGUGCUCUGGAUCAGCUUUGCCGUCCAGCAAUCAUUCUCGAUUUUUACGACUCCCGAGUUGCGUCUCUUCCCAGUCCACUUUAUCCUAAACAAGGAUUUGGUGAUACUGUUCAUUGAAACCGCCUCGGCCGCCACACUGCUAUUCCUGCCGAUCUACUUCCUCCCGAUCUACUUCCAGUUCAUCCACAACACGAGUGCCCUCUCUGCAGGCGUCAAGAUGCUACCGUUCAUCUUCAUGCUGAUUGUCUUCUCCGUGCUCAACGGCGGCAUCAUGAGCAAGACCGGCGUCUUCUGGCCCUGGUACACGGCCGGCGCAGCCCUAGCGCUCGUCGGCAGUGCGCUGCUCUACACUAUCGAGCCUUCAACCUCGGACGCCAAGAUCUACGGCUUCAGCGCCCUCAUCGGCAUCGGCGCCGGCUGCUUCGUUCAGAGCUCUUUCGCCAUCGGCCAGGCGCUUGUCAAGCAGGAAGAAAAGGCGUUGGCAACUGGCUUCAUUACCUGCGGCCAGCUACUCGGCUCCACCAUCGCCUUGACCAUCGCCAACACCCUCUUCGUGGGUGGCUCCAUCGAGAGUAUCUUGCAGGUUCUCCCGGGAGUAGACCACAAUGAAGUUGCGGUUGCGAUGACGGGCGCCAACCCGGCCUUCUUUGCCGCACUCGACGAGAUGACUCGUCUACGCGUCUUUGAAGUAAUGGUUGACGCUAUCAACCGAUCCUGGAUCCUGUGCAUAACUGCUGCAGCUUUGGGUCUCGUGCUUUCCAUCUUUCUGAGCAAGAAGACGCUUUUCAUUGAAGCUGCUGCUGGUGGUGCAUAG